UGGUUCUUUGAGCUAACAGAAUGUGAAAUGAAAUUAGUAAAACAAUUACGUGAAGAUUUUGAAACGUCUGAUAAUACAUUCGGCCUUCGAGAAGAAUUAUUAGAUUGCUUAGAAUUCAGAGACAA